AUGCGAGGAAAGCAGCAGCCACUUCAUCAGGAAGAGAGCCAUCAGCAGCCACACUUGAGUGGUCCAGAGUUGGGCCUACUUGAGGGCCUGAUUGUUGAGAAGGAGUUAGGAUCCGUGAAAACGAGGUCCCCGACACCCGUCCUGGCGAACGACGGAGGGGGUGGCUUCUGGCUGGCUCCGGUGGCCGCGGGGGCCGGGGCUGGUGCCGUUUUGCCCCCGCACGGGGCCCAUCCCGUGAUGGACCCAACCUGCGGCACCGCGGAGACCGGCUUCAUCAACAGUCAACCCUCCAUGGCCGAAUUUAUGACCGCUUUGCCCCAACUUUCGGGCGACGGAGCCCUUCAGCACUCGCCUGGAGCUGGGGGCCCCAUGAGCCCGGGAACCCAUCAUCCUGGGUACCAUACCAUGAUAGACCCCCACGGGGUCGCGGACCCUUCGGGAGUCAACGUACCGGAAUACCCUUGGAUGAAGGAGAAGAAGACUACGAGAAAGAACAAUCAGCAAGGUAAGGGAACUGAAGACAUUGCUUUUGAAGAUAGGAAAUCUAGUUCUUGA